AUGGAGGAUACCCCUCGAACGCAGCGCGAAACCUCGCCUACUCCGUCCCCUUCACACCGACGAGCCCCCUCAAAUUCAAGUCUCAUGUCCAAGUUCCCCUUUUUGAAAUCGUCAGAGAAGCGAGGAGGGCAGGAUGGCGCCGCUACCGACGACAGAAACACUACGUCUGCUCCCCGUACUGCACCGAGACCUUCUGCAAGCGUGAUUCAGCAGCAGAGAACGCGCCGACGAAGAGGAUCGCUCAGGAAAGCUGCGCUUCUUGGCCGUGGGGCGCAACGCGAACGAAGAGAGAGCAGACCCCUGAGCAUCGAUACUUCGCACGCCGCAGCGUAUGGUCUUGAUCCGGCGGCCAUUCGGACGGAGAGCCCCACGCAAAUCGAGGCUUUGGACCUCAAUGCCACUUCAGAAGACACGCCAGGCACAUCAAUUGGUGGGUUUACACCUUUGCCAGGGAGCAUUGGCGCAUCAUCUGCGCUGGCCCAAGGAAGUUCGAUAUCACAGUCAGUCGCACAUGCGACAUCAAAUGUGGACAGAGAUGCGGCAUCGUAUACAUCAACGGACGAAGAGGAUAUGCUUCAGAUCCCGAGAGGUUCGACAACGCUUCGGCAAGGACUGUCCAUGUCACCGGGACCAGAUUCAUACUUUAGCAGUUUGAGCUCAGCGGUUUCCCAACAGCGACGGCGGUCAAUCAACCGAGCCAAAUCACCCUUGUCAUACGGCGGACUCUCAACCAACACACUACCACAGCACGAGGACUGGGACUAUGCAGAAACAGAAUGGUGGGGAUGGGUGGUGUUAUGCGUGACAUGGUUUGUGUUCGUUAUCGGGAUGGGAUCCUGCCUCGACGUCUGGAGCUGGGCAUGGGACGUGGGCAAAACACCAUAUGCACCGCCGGAGCUCGAGGACGACGAGACCUUGCCGAUCGUGGGAUACUAUCCGGCAUUGAUUAUACUUACUGGCGUUAUGGCUUGGACAUGCCAAAAUCAGCGGUGA